UUCCAGACCAACGUGAAUUCGGAGUGUUGUCUUUUAAUUGCGAUUUUCUCCCCAAUCUAUAGUUCAGGAACGCUCCAAAAGCCACAUUAUCAGUUGAGAAGUCGCCAUGUUUUUUUUCUUUUUGCUACCUUUAUGCAAUAUUUCUCCAUAAAGAACAUAAGCACUUGAUUUCAUAAUAUUGACCAAUGCUCCACGAGAAAACGAAGAAAGAUGAAUAAUCUAUGGAUUAAUAUUCUGUGUGCAUCUGAGAUUUAUUACUUGGAAUUUUGGUGUUAUUUGGUUAGCAGAUAUGAGGAAAACAUGAAAAAAAAUCCGUGCUUCCAAAGCUCGGUGUUAAAAAAAAAAAGAAAUAAAAAGAGACAGGGAGAUCGAGCGAGCGAGCGAGAGAAAGUUAGAUUUGGUUGUGAAAUUUCAAAUUUAAUUCAGAGUUGUUUCUCCCUAAGAGUUUCCCCCUCUUCAAAAAUCUCCCCUACGCACUUAAUAUUUGCUCCCCUUCUUCCACACCAUCUUAUAUUUAGAAUUUCAAGACUUACUUUCAAUGCAUACUUAGUUUCAACUGGGGAAUCAACACAAGCAAAAGCAAUUUUUCCCUUUCUUGACAUCUAGCUUCCUAUUGGCUCACACCGGGUCAGCUGACUUUGUCAUUUUGUCUGUCCUGGAGUAGAGCCUUCCCUAUAACAAUCUAGUUCAGACUACAAACUGGAGACAGAAAUAAAUAUUAAAGAAAUCAUACACCUAGGUAUAGAGGACGAUAUGAAUUCCUAUUUUACAAACCCAUCGCUAUCUUGCCAUCUAACCAGUGGCCAAGAUGUGCUACCCAAUGUAGCCCUCAAUUCAACGGCUUAUGACCCCGUCAGGCAUUUUUCUACCUAUGGAGCCGCCGUUGCUCAAAACCGGAUUUACUCUUCUCCUUUUUAUUCACCGCAAGAUAAUGUUGUAUUUAGCUCCAGCCGAGGACCCUAUGACUAUGGAUCUAAUGCCUUUUACCAAGAAAAAGACAUGCUUUCCAGCUGCAGGCAAAAUUCUAUGGGACACAAUACACAGACUUCAAUUGCACAGGAUUUUACCAGUGACCAAAGCAGGAAUACUUCGCAAGAGCAAAAAACUAGCAUUCAAAUAUACCCCUGGAUGCAGCGUAUGAACUCCCACAGUGUUUGCUUUGUUUCUGAAUCCUUAGGAGUCGGCUAUGGAGCGGAUCGCAGGAGGGGGAGACAGAUCUAUUCCCGCUACCAGACCCUGGAGUUGGAGAAGGAAUUCCACUUCAAUCGCUACUUGACCAGGCGGAGGCGGAUCGAGAUCGCCAAUGCACUGUGCCUCACGGAACGCCAGAUCAAAAUCUGGUUCCAGAACAGGAGGAUGAAAUGGAAAAAAGAAAGUAACUUGAGCUCCACUUUGUCGGGGGGAGCAGGCGCAGGCUCGGGGCCAGCUGCAGAUAGCUUGGGGGCAAAGGAAGAGAAGCGAGAAGAGACAGAGGAGGAGAAGCAAAAGGAGAGAAAAUUGAAUGGUUCAGCACCCUGAUCUCCCCCCCCCC